AUGGGAGAGUUUGAAAGUGGCUUUGUUUCUUUCUUGGUUCUUGUAUUUUUUCUUUCAUUUAACAUUGUUCUCUUGGUUCACGGCCAGCCAGUGCCUAUAGUCAGUGACCAUGGAGAAAACACUAGUCAAUUCCAAACCUACAUUGUUCAUGUUCUGAAGCCAGAGGGCUCAAAUUUCUUGGGCACCGAGGAUUUAGAGAAUUGGCACAAGUCCUUUUUGCCUAACACUACUCUAGACACAGGUGAGCCGCGGUUGCUUUACUCAUAUAAAGAAGCAAUUAGCGGGUUUGCAGCAAGAUUGACACCUGAAGAGGUGAGAGCCAUCGAAAAGAUGGAUGGAUUUCUGAGGGCAAAUCCAAGCCAACGGUUUGAACUCCAAACUACGUACACUCAUAAAUUACUAAACUUGAGUACGAUAUUUGGAGCUUGGUCCACAACCAACUCCUUUUUCGGUGAGGGGAUCAUCAUAGGAGUAUUGGAUUCAGGGAUUCACUUCCCCCAUCCUUCUUUUGUAGACGAAGGAAUGCCACCACGUCCAAAAGGAUGGAACGCAAGUUGUUACUUCCAAAGGCCAUCUUGUAAUGAUAAAGUCAUCGGGGCACAAUCUUUCAAAGGAGGUAAUACGACCAUUCCACCAACUGACAUAGAUCAAGGUCAUGGAACACAUGUGGCUGGCAUUGCAGCAGGCAAUUUUGUGGAUAAUGCGGAGGUCCUCGGCCAAGCUCUGGGAAAAGCUGCAGGGAUGGCGCCAAAAGCAUUUAUAUCAGUGUAUAAGAUUUGCUGGAAAGGCAAAGGGUGUGGAGUAAGUGAUAUCAUAGCAGGUAUAGACAAAGCAAUUCAAGAUGGGGUGCAUAUCCUUCAAAUGUCCUUUGGGGGGAACUGGCCCAAUUCCUUUAAAGAGGAUGAAGUCGCUAUUGCCACAUACUCAGCAAUGCAGAAGGGGAUCUUCCCUGCACAUGUGCUAGUAACGAGGGGCCCAGACCCAGAGACAUUGGGUCACUAUGCUCCGUGGGAUAUGGUUGUUGGAGCAACCACUACAGAUCGAAGAAUAAGAGCAACUGUGACACUCGGCAAUGGGAUGCAAUUCCACGGAGAAACUGCCUAUCAACCCAACAACACAAUUACUAACAAAUUUCUUCCCUUGGGAAAGAUUGUGAUGUGCUACGUUGGAGGCAAAGCAGAAAGCGAUGAACAAGUUGAUAUUGUCAGGAAUGCUGGAGGUGCUGGCGUGAUCUUUGCGAACCCUAAUAGGAUUGGAUUCACAACAUAUUCAGCACCUCACCAUAUUCCAGCAUCACAUGUGAGCCACAAAGAUGCCAUUAAAAUUCAACUUUAUUUUGCUACAAAUGACACACCAACAGCAAAGAUUACCUUUGGUGGCACUGUAUUUGGUGUUCGUCCAUCUCCGGCGUUAGCCUAUUUCUCAUCUAGAGGCCCGCCAAUGAAUAAUGGAAACAUUGUGAAGCCAGAUGUCACGGCACCUGGAGUCAACAUUCUAUCUGCAUGGCCAGUGGAAGUUGGGCCCUUCCCGUCCGGUCUAAAAACAAAAACAUUCAACUUCUUGAGUGGCACAUCUAUGGCUACACCUCACGUUUCUGGAAUUGUGGCUCUUAUUAUGAGCAAGUUAAAAUAUGAAAAUAACCGGAAAUGGUCAACUACAGAGAUUCAAUCAGCCCUCAUCACCACAGCCAACAUAUUCGACUUAGAUGGAGAACCAAUCUUCGAUGAGGCAUCUUUGAAAAGCAGUGCCAACAUUGUCCAACGCGGAGCUGGGCAAGUCAAUGCAAUUAAAGCCAUGGAUCCUGGUCUCGUCUACAACAUUGAACAAGAUGAUUAUGUUGCCUAUCUUUGUGGAAUUUAUUCUAACAACAGCCAAAAGGUGCAAAUCUUCACGAAAGACAACACCCAGUGUACCAGAUCAAUCUCUGGUGAGCAACUCAAUUAUCCCUCAAUAGGGUGUGCCAAUGGGAUCAAGCUCGUCGAGGGAUCACUGUCAGAAGAACAGUGA